CCUCCAGGGUACUCCCUAAAGAUGCACAGGUAGGCAGCACUGUUUGGGAUCAGUUGCACCACCCUAAAAACCACGAGGAACUACAUCAAGAAAGCUUUUGAAACUUUUGAAUCUUUUGCAACUUUUUCCACACUUUCAUCAUUUCCCAUUUUUUAGUUUCUGAAGUUAAACGAUGGCCAAUACAGGUAUACAGCUUCUUGGCUUUACGCUGGCCUUCCUGGGCUUCAUUGGCUCGAUAGCAUCCACAGUCAUGGUGGAAUGGAAAGCCUCGUCCUACGCAGGGGACAACAUCAUCACAGCUCAGGCGCUGUAUGAAGGACUGUGGAAGACCUGUGCAUCACAGAGCACUGGUCAAAUUCAGUGUAAAGUGUAUGAUUCACUUCUCCAACUACCAGGGAUUGUACAGGGCACACGAGGGCUGAUGCUGUCCUCCAUCUUGCUGUGCUUUAUUUCUAUCUUGGUGGAGAUGGUGGGCAUGAGGUGCACCACCUGUAUGGCAGAAGAACCAGAGCAGAAGGACAAAGUGGCUCUAGCUGGAGGGGUUAUCUUCAUUAUUGCUGGUCUGCUUGCUUUGGUGGGAACAUCUUGGUAUGGCCACAGAAUAGCGCAGGAAUUCUACAACCCAUUCACUCCGACUAAUUCCAGGUAUGAAUUCGGAAGUGCCCUGUAUGUUGGAUGGGGAGCUGCCAGUCUCAUCAUUAUAGGAGGGGGCUUCCUCUGCUGCAACUGCUCCAGCAAGGGCUCAGGGAAAUCUCCACGCUACCCGCCAUCCCACACUGCAGGCCAGCCGAGCAGGGACUACGUUUAGGACAAUCACUCCAUCCAGCCUCUGCUCAAGGAAGAACGCUGUCUUUGCAGGGAGUUGUCCACCAUAUUUCAUUUAGAUUUGUUUGAUGUUUUGCAACAUGUGUAUCUGCAGGUGUUAUAUUUGGUGUAUGUUUAUAUUUGUUGGGAAAUACACUCCAUUCUUUGGUGGUCCAUUGAGCCAAAAAUAAAAAUGUUAUAUUAAAUAUUAUAAAAAAAUAUCUUUGCAAAGAAUAUGUUCAGGACAUCUCAGGGGAUUUCUUUCAACUACACAAUCUUUGUAUCACAACUUUUACCCAUUUAGUAUAAAUCUGCUGAGGGUGUGACUGUUUUAUUAUUGUCAUUUGCGUUGUUUGGAAUCUUGCCUCUUAUUCUUUCAUGUUAUGUAAAAUAAAAUCCUCAUUACUUUUCCUA